CUUUCUUAAUUCUUUAGUGAUUCUUUACGUCAAAAAUCACAACGCGAAUAGUUGUGCCAACGAAGUACACUUAGUAUACUUUUAUGAAGUCAAAUUGAAAUAAAAUAAUUUAAUAUGUAUUCAAGUGACGAUUACAAUGAGGGUGGGUAUGAGUCCUACGGUGAUUAUGAACCCCAUACAGGAGACCCACAAUACGAUUUGGAGUAUGAUCGAUCCUAUUAUCAAAUGCCGGAAAUGGUAAAAAAAUUUCUAGUCUACUUCCGCAACAUGAUCACUGAGGGAAUGACUUUCGAGAUUCUGAAUUUAUAUGAAAAUACAUUCCCUAAGCUUACUGAGCAGUAUUUUGAAAAUACACCAUGGCCAGAUGAGAAAGAAGUUGCACCAAUAGUAGACAACGAUCCUGUAAGUAAAAAUAAAAUGUUGACUUAAUUGAUAUUUUUUUGAAAUAUUGUUCAGAAUGUAAGUAGUUAAUAAAUGUAGCUGUGCAAUUGCAAUAAAUAUUUCACAAAAAAAUGCAAUAAGUAUUUCAUUUAAAAAUUUGUAAAAUAAACAAUGACAUACAGGAAUGCUUUUAUUCUAAAAGUCUGGUGGAGAAUGUCUUAAGUAACACACAACUUCUGUGCAAUAUAACAAUGUGUUGUUUAAUAAAGAAUUAAAUAAUUAAAAACAUUAUUUAGUA